AUGGUAGCAGCGGCUCUACACAUCGGUAUGCGUCGCAAAAAGCUGCGCGUGCGCAUUCCGUACCGUUGUAAUUAUAGCACUUUGUUCGCCGCCCGACGACGCCUGCGCUUGUGGACGCAUAUUGCAAUUUGUAACACAACAAAAGCAGAACAGAAUAAUGCAAUCAAAUAUAUGGACAGGUUAAAAAUGGAGUUGAAAUCACCAAAAGCGAAAAAAAAGUCAAGCAUAGAUAAGCUUAUAUCGUGGGGCCGAAUGUUCAAAACGCCUCUGUUGAUACUUUUUUUAUUAGGCACCACAAACUGUGAGCGGGAAAACGACAAUAAUGACAUUGACAGUUUACAAAUUCAUAAUGGCGUACAUAUUAGGCAUAUACAUAAAAAUGAUACAGACAGAAAUACUAUGAGUGAAAUUAAGUAUUUGAAGCGACAGUUAAAUAGGCAUGUGGUUAAUUUUGUGAUGACUGAUGUAUUAGUGGACGGUGAAGUUGAAAAUCGAAUUCAUUUCAAUGGCGUCUCAGCUAAGGAGACCUCUGUGGCAGCGAACGGACAAGGACUCAAACUCCGUCAGCUGACCGACGGCCGCCAUCUUAUACAAGUCAUCUACUCUCAAAAUGGUGACUUACAAGACUGUGAAUAUAUAACUCAAGAACGAACAGCUAGAAGCUUUCUCAAAACUUUAAGAAAAGAAUUAAAAUCCGCUUUAGAUGAAAAAAUAUACAGCUUAAAUAACAAAAACUCAGAAAAUAUAGAAGAAAAAUUUUACCGCCAUUUUGGUAAUGUCAGUUUCCGAAUACUAAGGAAAAAUGACAGUUUACCGCCUGACAUAUCGAGUUGGUUGCAAUAUGACAAAUUGAAAAUGGAAUGUCUGAGGAGACAUGAAGAAAUGAAGUAUAUGAUAGAGAAUAUAAAUAAAACUGGAGACUCUUCGUUUGCUAGGUCGCGGAGAUCCUUGAGGGAGAAUUUCAUACUGCCGGGGACGAAAUGGUGCGGGGCUGGGCACAUCGCUGCUCGGUAUGGGGAACUUGGGAUUGACGCAGCCGAAGACACUUGCUGUAGGGCCCACGACCAUUGCCGGUUGAACAUCGGCAUGUUUAAACGAAGAUUCGGAUAUUUCAACUAUAGACCUUACACUAUUUCGCAUUGCCGAUGCGAUAGGAGACAAAAGCGAGACACAAUGGAGUUGCUCCGAGUACCUGGCACCAAGUGGUGCGGAAAGGGUUUCUCGGCAACGAGAUACUCUCAGCUCGGCAGCUACACCAGAACUGAUCGCUGCUGCAGAGUUCACGAUCUUCGAUGCCCUUUCUGGAUCGGUGCUAUGGAGAAGAAGUAUGGAUUCUACAACUGGCGCGUCAACACUCUAAUGCACUGCCGUUGUGACGAAAGGUUUGUCUGUUAA